AUGAAGACUCUUGUUCUGAUAGCCCUAAUAGUUGCUUUAAUUGUGUCUCUAACACAAGCCUCAAAUGUACAUGAAGACCAAAGAAAAUCAGUUGACGAGAUACAGGACAAGGAUGAGGCGAGUUAUGCAAGCGAGACCGAGAGAACUGAAGACGACCUGAGCGAAGACAACGCUCCUGAUGAUGUUAAUGACGACGAAGAAGACGAAGAAGACGAAGGCGAUACGCAGGAUGAAGGCGCUGGAGAUGAGGAAGAUUUUGAUGAUGAAGAAGAUCUCGAAAGGUAAUUUGACUUUGUAGGUUUUCUCCGAUGAUAAAACUCAGGUGUAGGGAGCGGCCAGGCGUUAGUUAGUCGACGGUGGGAACAUAUUCUGACUGACAUGAUCCUUGGGUCAAUUAAUAAAAGUUUUACAAUUGUAAAUUACAAGCGUGUCCAUUGCUACACUCGAGCUAGCUACAAUAGCCACACUUGUUAAUCAAACUUGCAAAUCUUUUAUUAAAUUUACCCCUGAUAACUGAGCUAGAACUUGGCGAGCAUCUCACUCGUAUGGGUGAGAAACAUCAAAUUUAACAACGACCCUGCAAGUAUCACUGCGUUAUGUGACAUAGCAGAUUCACAGGCCUGUUUUAACUUUGUGUCCUCGGAUGCGAAGCUUGCAGAAUUCACCGAGAUAAAGCUAGAACUUUUCAACGAGCUGUUUACACGCUGAUAGGUAACACACCGUCUUUAGUCACAACUCGGUGAGAGGCGAGUGAGGGGCUGGCUUUUUCAUGCCAGCGUGUUCCAAAUUUUUGAUAAAAACUGUCCAGAAAUUAAACUUAUGUACCCUCAAUAAUUACUUCUUAUACUAGGAGCCCCCAAAAAGGAUGAUUUUUGGCGAAAACCAUCACUGAGUAAGCUGCAAAUACAUUUACUUGUUGCCACUCUCAGCGGAGUAGUUCAGUAAUUUAUAAGUUUGAACAAGCGCACAGCACCUACUUUUACUUUGAGUUUUUGGACUUAAAUUUCUGGUGAAAUCAUUCAAAUGAGGCUUUUCAAAUAGGUACUAUUUUUAUUUUACCUAAGUAACCAAAAUUCGACAUUUUUAACAACUUUUUGUCUUGUUUGUACAACUGAUUCCAAGGCUGAAAACAUAAUCUAUAACUAAAGGUUUCAAUUGAAUCCGCAAAAUUUUAAAACUUAAACAUAUGACAUUCGAUGAAAAUAUCACAAACUGUUCGCGCACUUUUUUCUUUAAAACAUCCUAAAAAUUCUCAUGUUCGCGCUUUGAAUUCUCGAUUCCUCGGACCCGACUAUCUCGGAGCCUGGAACAGGCUAGGCUAGGAGGGUGACACAAACAUCGAUAAAGGGUGACCCGACCAGUCCGGGUCACCCUUCCAGGUAAGCAGCGGAAUUUGGCUAAGUUUUGUAAGAAGUGUAGGAAAAUUUGGUUUGCCCAUGGGAGCGCGGGUAGGUGAGCGAUCGGGCCUUACCCGGGUCUUGCCUAGUCCCCGUACGGCACUUUCCUAGGUCUUCUUGGUCAAUGCACUUCGGUGACGUAUCCGAGGCGAACGGCUUGGACCAGGUGGCCCAUAGGGACUAGGCAAACCCGGGUCAAGGUUUCUCCAUAUAAAUAGGAGAAAUGCUAUUUAACACCCUUUCAGACGCUGAUUGAGGCAACAGUGAUGUCUCUACACGAGUGGCGUGUAACUGUAAUAGUCAUUUUUUUUGUUUUAUUAUUUUUCAUUUUUAGGGAAAUGGACCGACAACGGGAUCCGCGCUUUUUUACGGGCCCAAAACGAUAUGUAAGACUUCUAAAAAGACCUCGACGAAGAAACUUAUUCCGGAAGUGGCGUCAGCGGUUAAGCUGGGGAAAGAGGUGAUUUGUAAACUGUCAUUUACUGAGGAGGAAGACAAGGCAGUGUUAAACACAACGAGAAGCUUAAUAAAAAUACCGGAAUAUGUCAAGGAUCUCAAAUUAUUUUGA